UGUGUGUUGUCCCUCUCCCAGCCCCCUGCUAAGGAGGCCACUCCCUGUGAGUAUGCUGGCAUACUGGGGGACAGCUCGGAGUCUGACCAAGAGCCCAGUCCAGAGGACCAGCUGGCUGUCUCCUGGGAGAACCUUCCUAUACUGGAAAGACUGGGCCUCAGCACUGGUACAGAGAUGACUGAAGAGGAGGUAGAGAGUGCGUUUACCCAGCUGGCUCUGGCGUUCCGUUGUGACCAGUACACCCUGGCCCAGAGACUGCAGGCUGAGGAACACGACAGAACUGUGGCCCAGGAGAACCUCAACCUGGAACUGGAGCGUGCCAGAGACACUCUGCAGUCUCUGAGAGGUAGGUGUGUAGACGCUGAGCGGUCAGAGAUGUUGAGUUGUAUCGAGGCCAGUCUGGACACAGUGCUGGACGGCGUGAGUGACAUUAUCGCUGCUGCUGAGAUGCUGGGGUCCGUGCACCAGGAAGCGCGUGUGUGUUGUUCUGUGGAAAUGAUGGAGGUUCAUGUGGAACACCUGAAGCGUCGACAUGCCGUGGAGAGCGCCGAGCUGCUGGAGACCAGGAAGCAGCUCUACCGCAGGAUUCACAGCGACUCAGGCAAGUGCUGCCCCUCUGUGGCACGGAGGAACUAUGACACAGACAACAGAUAAUUGAUUUGUUGGGGGGUUACUUUGUUGU